AGAGUGAAGAGAGGAGAGGAUACUCAAAAAAAAACGAAGCAAACGAAACUGCAGAGCGAAUGUGCACUGUUCGAGUGCCGCACUGGUUUCUUUCCCCCCACUACGCGUGGAUGCGGAGCUCCUUUCUCAUCUAGUUUUGUAUCAUACAGUUCUGUGGCGGAGGCAAGGGGGUCUCUGCUGUGAAAGAUGGACCGUUUAAAGAGGACGGCGGCGUGCAGGAGAAUACCGCUAUUUCUUAUAAUACUGUUCCACGCAACUACGGCACAAGCUGCUGAUCCCAUCGAUGUGCUGCGGGUACUGGAGCUGUCGGACCACAUGGAGGGGGUGUCCAUGGAGGCUGGCCUCUGCACCAGCAGGAAGGACAUGGAGGAGACAGACAUGGCCUAUAGGAUAGACAAGAAGAUACAGCUCAGUGCACCCACCAAACAGCUCUUCCCAGACUCGUUGUUCCCUGUGGACUUCUCCCUGAUGACAACAGUGAGGGCAAAGAAGGACACCCAGUUCUUCCUGCUGUCUGUGUAUGAUGAGCAGGGUGUACAGCAGCUGGGGCUGGAGGUGGGUCGCUCGCCUGUCUUCCUGUACGAAGACCACCAGGGACAGCCCUCCCCGGAGCUCUACCCCAUCUUCAAGAAGAUCAACUUGGCUGAUGGAAAGUGGCACAGAAUAGCCUACAGUGUGGAGGGCAAGUCAGUCACCCUGUACCUGGACUGUGAGAAGGUGCAGACUCUGGAGUUACUGAGAGGGGACAAUCCCCUGGUCAGCACGGAGGGGGUGAUCGUGUUUGGAACACGACUACUGGACGAGGAGGUGUUUGAGGGAGAGAUCCAGCAGUUGUUGAUUCUGGAGGACGCCCAGGCGGCGGCUGACUACUGCCUGCACUACAUCCCUGACUGUGACUCUCCCCUGUCCUACAACAGACAGGCCCAGGACCCUGAGCAGACCUCUCAACUUAAACCUGAUCCCAUGAUACAAAGCAACGAGCCAGAGGAGCCAAUGAAACACUCCAAAAAAGACAGGAAAGGCAAAAAGGACAAAAAGAAGCGUGACAAGAACGGGAGGGGCAAGAAGAGAAAAGAAGGAGAGCCGGGCCCAGAGGAGGAGGGUUUCAUCCAGGUGUCCACUGUUUUGCCUGAAAACCAAUCUCAAGAAACCUACUAUCCCACUGAAAAGCCAUCUACGAUAGAACUGUUCACUCCUGAAGCUGUCACCCCAUCUUCAGCCCCUGACCAGACCACCAUUAUCCCAGAGAGGCCCACACACAGGCCUGACUCUGACAUUGAGGACCCCUCCGUGGUGCCCAGUGCACUGCCUGAGUCAAAGGUCACUGAGGAGGAGGAGAGGCUGGACAAAAAGCCCCAGAUGGAGGAGUUUGACGACAACUUCUACGGCGACCUGUAUGAUGACCUCGCCGUCUCCAUGGUAACAGUGGGUCCCAAUAUCAGCGAGUACGAGGCUGUAGCGUACGAGGACAUAAGUAACGAGACAGAGAACCAGGAGUAUGAAGAGUAUGAGACGUACGAGGACGGAUAUGGCUUUGCAGAGCGAGAAGGGGAUGAUACCUGGGAUGGAGAGGCCAGUGGCAGAGCACUGAAAGGAGAGAAGGGAGAGCCUGCCAUCGUUGAACCGGGUACACUGGUGGAGGGAGCAGUCGGCCCCCCAGGACAGGAGGGUAUUCCAGGUGGACCAGGACCAAUGGGCCCCCGAGGACCCAGUGGAGACCCAGGUGAUUUGGGUCCUCCAGGACGUCCUGGUUUAGCUGGGGUUGAUGGGAUACCUGGUCCUCCAGGAACAAUGCUGAUGUUACCAUUCCAACAUGGUGGUGAUUCUCAGAAGGGGCCUGUGGUGUCGGCCCAGGAGGCCCAGGCUCAGGCCAUCCUGCAGCAGACCAAGAUGUCGUUGAAGGGACCCCCAGGUCCACUGGGUCUUACAGGGCGACCCGGCCCACUGGGUCUUACUGGUCCCUCUGGACUUAAAGGUGACGCUGGAGAUCAUGGCCCCAGGGGUCCCCAUGGUACCCCAGGUCCUGCAGGACUCAACGGGAAGUUAGGAAAGAGGGGCCGGGCCGGAACGGAUGGAGGGCGUGGAGCACCGGGGGAGACGGGGGGAAAAGGGGACAGAGGCUUCGACGGACUGCCAGGUCUCCCAGGAAACAAGGGCCACAGAGGGGAGAGAGGGAAGCCUGGACCACAUGGGCCUGAUGGAGAGUCAGGAGAAAAGGGUUUAGAUGGACCCGUAGGGCCGACUGGACAGCCCGGUGAACCUGGUGCCAGAGGACUUGUCGGACCCAGAGGGUCCCCUGGGCCACCUGGCCAGCCAGGUAUUACAGGUGUGGAUGGAGUUCAAGGGUCAAAGGGCAACCUGGGGCCACCUGGAGAGACAGGGCCCAGCGGUCAACAAGGAAAUCCUGGAUUACAGGGCCUUGCUGGUUCUCAGGGUCCCAUCGGCCUGCCAGGAGAGAAGGGUCCCCAGGGGAGCGGUGGGCUGCAAGGACUCUCUGGUAUCGAUGGCCCAACUGGCCAUCCAGGAAGAGAAGGCCCUCCAGGAGAGAAGGGGCUCAAUGGUUUGCCUGGAACCCAAGGGCCUGUUGGUUAUCCAGGAACUCGCGGUGUCAAGGGGGCUGAUGGAGUGAGAGGUCUGAAGGGGAGUAAAGGAGAGAAGGGUGAAGAUGGCUUCCCCGGGUUCAAAGGUGACAUGGGCCUCAAGGGAGACAGGGGUGAUAACGGGGUCACAGGAGGUCAUGGAGAGGAUGGGCCAGAGGGGCCUAAGGGCCAGUCGGGACCCCUAGGAGAGGUUGGAGGUGCUGGCAUAGCUGGAGAGAAGGGUAAACUGGGUGUCCCAGGGUUGCCAGGAUACCCAGGAAGACAGGGGCUCAAGGGAUCCGUGGGGUUCCCUGGUUCUGCCGGAGUUCUGGGAGAGAAAGGAAGACGGGGUCCAUCUGGUCAAGCAGGAACUGGGGGUCAGAGAGGUCCUAAUGGUGCCAGAGGGGGGAGAGGAGCACGAGGACCGACAGGAAAGUCAGGAGACAAGGGCACCUCUGGACACGAAGGCCCACCAGGAUCCACUGGAGACCAGGGACCCCAAGGACCACAGGGAAGGAACGGUGAGGCAGGACCUAAGGGACCUAAUGGAGCAGUAGGAAAAGACGGACUACCAGGUCAUCCAGGACAGCGAGGGGAGCCAGGCUUCCAAGGCAAGACUGGUCCACAUGGGCCAACGGGUGUGAUCGGACCACAGGGUAAAUCUGGUGAGACUGGACCUAACGGCGACAGAGGACACCCUGGGUCACCAGGACCCCCUGGAGAGAUGGGUUUACCCGGAGCAGCAGGCAAGGAGGGAUCCAAGGGAGACGCGGGUCCGUCUGGAGCUCCAGGAAAGAGUGGCCCCGCUGGGCUCCGAGGCUUCAGAGGGAGCAGGGGCAGCCCUGGAGCCAUGGGCAUUGCUGGACUGAAAGGAGGAGAAGGACCCACCGGUCUGUCAGGAGCAGGGGGAGCCACUGGGGAGAAAGGGCCUUCUGGAGCGGCUGGUGCUAUUGGUCAGCCUGGACGCUCCGGUGGGGUCGGCCCUGGAGGACCAAUGGGAGAAAAGGGCGAGCCAGGAGAGAAGGGGCCCAUCGGGCCGGCUGGACAGGACGGGGCACAGGGGCCUGUGGGGCUGCCUGGUGCUGCUGGCCCCGUUGGGCCUCCAGGAGAGGAUGGAGACAAGGGCGAGACAGGAGGACCAGGCCAGAAAGGCAGUAAAGGAGACAAAGGAGAAUCUGGCCCUUCAGGACCUAUUGGAAUCCAGGGACCUGUCGGCCAUCCGGGGUUACUGGGUGUGGACGGGGAGCCGGGGCUGAGGGGCCAGCAGGGCAUGUACGGGCCGAAGGGAGACGAGGGAGCGAGAGGCCACAAGGGGGCCACAGGACCCACAGGACUUCAGGGCAUGCCAGGACUCCCAGGAGAGAAAGGAGACAGUGGACACGUGGGCACGAUGGGCCCUCCAGGACAACAUGGCCCCAGAGGCCCCCAGGGGUCCAUUGGUGGAGAGGGCACUGCUGGCCAGCCUGGUGGAGUGGGCCAGCCUGGGAUCGUUGGAGAGAAGGGGGAGGAUGGAGAGGCUGGGGACCCGGGACCAGUUGGAGACACUGGUGCCGCUGGUGGUAAAGGGGAGCUGGGGGAGAAGGGUGACUCUGGUUCCUCCGGAGCAGCAGGACCUGCAGGAGUCAGAGGCAUGCCAGGGGAGGACGGACCCAAAGGAAACCCUGGGCCCCUUGGGUUCCCCGGAGAUUCUGGACCCCCUGGAGAAGCAGGAAUCAAUGGAGUUGACGGUGGACCGGGAGCAAAGGGAGACAACGGUGAUCCUGGGAAAGCCGGACCCCCAGGAGCCUCUGGAGAACCGGGCCCUUCCGGGCCCCCCGGGAGAAGGGGCCACUUGGGAGCUGCUGGAAAAGAAGGGAAACAAGGAAUGAAGGGAGCAAAGGGGACCAAUGGGGUUGAGGGUCUGGUGGGGAAGAAAGGGCCAGUGGGGCCCCAGGGACAUUCAGGGAUGCCUGGCCCGGAGGGCCUCCGAGGGAUCCCAGGCCCUGGGGGUGAACAAGGGUUAAAUGGCCCCCCAGGCCAGACGGGACCCCCUGGACCCAUGGGGACCCCAGGACUGCCAGGUUUGAAAGGAGACCCGGGCAGGAAGGGAGAUAAAGGUCACGGUGGUCUGAUCGGUCUGAUCGGACCUCCAGGAGAGCUGGGAGAGAAGGGAGACAGAGGCCUGCCCGGAAAUCAGGGCACACAAGGAACCAAAGGAGACGGGGGUAAGGGUGGCCUCCCUGGCCCCACCGGCCCCCCAGGACCCCCUGGACUUUCUGGUGCAGUUGGUGAGAGAGGAUCCAAAGGAGACCUGGGCGCCAUCGGACCCCAAGGAGACACUGGCCCCGCCGGAUCCCCCGGACCCCCUGGUCCGCCUGCCACCAUGGUCCAGCCGCUGCCUAUCAGAGAUCACGAGGGCCGGAGGAAGAGGAAGAGGCACUCUAGGAUGGUGCAAGGAGGCUCAGCUCCCUACGAGGAGGCAGAGAUGAAGAUGGAUCUGGAGCAGGAGGUGUUCCUGCAGGCAGACCAGCCCAUGCUGGAGGAGGCAGAGAUGAAGAUGGAUCUGGAGCAGAAGGUGUUCCUGCAGGCAGACCAGCCCAUGCUGGAGGAGGCAGAGGGCAUGGAGGAGGUGUUUGCCUCCCUCACCUCUAUGAAGACAGAGGUGGAGCUGAUGAGGAAGCCCCUGGGGACCUUUGAGAGCCCCGCCCGCACCUGCAAGGAGCUCAUGAUGAUCCAGCAUGGCUACAGAGACGGUGACUACUGGAUCGACCCCAACCAGGGAUGUCACAGGGACUCCAUCAAGGUCUUCUGUAACUUCACCGCUGAGGGAGACACCUGUCUCUACCCUGACAAGAGGUUUGAAACUGUGAAGCUAGCAGCCUGGAACAAAGAGAAACCAGGGAGCUGGUUCAGCCAAUACAGGAAAGGCAAACAGCUACAGUACAGUGACUCUGAUGGGAACCCGGUCCACGUGGUCCAGCUGACCUUCCUGAAACUGCUGAGUGCCACGGCCAGACAGACCUUCACAUACUCCUGCCAGAACUCUGCCGGCUGGUUCGACAGCGCCACCCGCAGCCACCAGCACGCCAUACGCUUCCUGGGAAGCAACGACGAGGAGAUGAGCCAGGCCAACAGCCCCUUCAUCCAGGCAACACACGACGGAUGCCAGUUCCGUAAGGGACAGGAGCGGACAGUCCUGGAGAUCGACUCCCCCAGAGCAGAGCUACUGCCAGUCAUAGACGUGGCCCCCUCAGACUUUGGAAGCAGCAACCAAAAGUUUGGCUUCCACGUGGGACCAGUAUGUUACAAUGGUUAACUAACGUUGUAUCGACCAACUAAGGAAUGACCGGAAUUGACCUACACAACAACUUACCAAUGAAAGAAACUGGACUUCACACUGUUGUUUCCACACGCAAUAUUUAUUAUUAUAUGUCUGUAUAUGUGGUGGGUUUCUGGCAUAUGUUAUAUGACUCUCAACAACCAAUGGGACACGAGGUUUCCUUGUUUCUGCGACAAUAACAACCAAUGGCGAGUAGAGGAGCAGAGGCAAGGAGGAACAAAGCACAUUUAUCAAAGGGACUUCAUCCAAUUAGAUAUAUUUAAUGUGUAGUGGUUUUUCUUUAUCGUCAUUCUUUUCAUCGCUCACCUUUUGAGUGUGCUGUAAUUAGAUCCGCUAGAAGUAGUCUCUUGUUCCCCUUGACAACAACCAAUUUAAAAAGAUAGGCAGAUCCCUCCCAUGUUGAGGCAUGGGGUUAGCCUGUCAUCUGUGGUAUGGGUCAGUUGAGUGGCACUGUCUUUGUCAGGCCUGGGAUGCAGAUGAGACGAGUUGCUACCUGAGGGAUUGUGAUGAGAGCGGAGUGGAAUUAGCAGGAGACACUAUCUGGCAUACUCAUUAGCAUGCCUGGAUUGCAGUAGGAUAAUAUCAUAUUGCAGUAUAAGGACAUUAGUUCUUGUUAACUGGUGGUGUACCGCAGUAUCUACGGUUGUAGGAUCUUAAUUUGAGACAGUUCGCUACAGCAGGAAAACAAUCCUGCAGCAACAGGAAAUGUGAAUUAUUAUGUGGAUUAUAAUGAAUGGGCAUUUUUGUUGGGGUUGAUACAUUUUUCAUAAGGGAAAAUCAAGUCUGAAAUGUCAAAGUAAAAAUUACAAAUACACCACAAGUUUUACAUAUCCUGCAUUGGAACAGGGUGAUCAAAUUAAGAUCCUACAUCGGUAGCAUGUCAAUUCCAUACUAGUCCAUUUCAUCUGUCAACAUUCCCUGUGUUAAUUAGAAGGUUGAACAUACUGUAUAAUAUAAAUGAUAGCUUUGCUCAGUGUUUACCCUUCAACUGCAGAUCACUCACUGAAUGAGAAGUGAGAAGUGCACGCAAUACCAUGUUCCUAGUAGUCUAUUGAGCCCAAUGGUUACUUGAAUGGAGAAGGUUGCUUUCCUUAUUGGACUGGUUUACUCUGCAUGCCUGUUGAUAAUAUGACUUUCCGGCCUUCCAUGUUUUCAUUUCCUAUUUGUGUCAGUUUGGCGUCCAUUUUGUUACGGAAAACAAGCACUCUGUAUUCCAGGCCUUAAUGGUUGAGCUGGAGCUGUUUCAGCCCGAGAAUGAGUUUCAGAGCAUGUUGUUCUUAAAGAGGAUAUUAACAGUGUUUUCUCCAGUCCUCCGUUGGUCUGUUACAUCAAGGAGCAUUUCACAUGUCGUUGUUUUCAAGCAUCUUUUAAAAAGUACCAUUAUUAUCCACUGUCCUGUUCUCCACCUCAGUCAUGUAUUUGUUUAUUUGUUUUCUAUGUGAAUUCAUUUUUAUGAUGUAUUUUGUUUGGUGCUAAAGAAAAUGUUUUUGUUUUGUGUCAA